AUGUCGUUCGAAAAGGAGCUUGGUGGGGUGUUGGAAUGUGAUGUCUGUGCGCAGAUCAUGCACAAGCCGGUGACGACUCCCUGUCAACACACGUUCUGUUCUUCCUGCUUGGCACGCUCGCUGGACCACUCGGCGAAGUGUCCGCUGUGUCGGCAGGAUCUGCCAGCCAUGAACUUUUUCCAGGAUCAGACUGUCAACAAGGUCUUGACUGACAUCGUCAUGACCGCAUUCCCCGAAGAGUAUGCAGAACGCUUGCGGGCCAUUGAAAGCGAAGAGCGGGACGCUCGACUCGAUACACCAAUCUUUGUCUGCACAUUGGCUUUUCCCAACAUGCCGACGAUCUUGCACGUCUUCGAGCCGCGAUACCGUCUCAUGCUUCGGCGUUGUAUUGAGUCAGGCACUCCCCGCUUCGGCAUGGUCCUGCCGGCGCGAGGUGCCGGGAACGGAGGCAUGACAGGUGUGCUCGAAUACGGGACGAUGCUGGACAUCCGGUCCAUUCAGAUGUUGCCGGACGGACGAAGUAUGGUGGAGGCAAUGGGAAGCUAUCGAUUCCGUCUUUUGGAAAAGGGUUCUCUCGAUGGAUACACUGUUGGAAGGGUAGAAAGGAUCGAGGACAUCGCCGUCGAAGACGAAACUCACGAGCCAUCGACUGCUGAGCUCAUGGGCCUCUGCAAAGAAUUCAUAGACCAGCUUCGCUCUGGCAGCGCACCCUGGCUGUUGCAGCGGCUGAAUAGCACGUACGGCGCCAUGCCCGAGGAUCCCAGUACCUUUUCCUACUGGAUGGCCCUCGUCAUGCCUAUUGACGAAUACGAGAAAGCCCGUCUCUUGCCUAUCCGAUCGCCCCGCUUGCGGCUAAAGCUGAUCGUCCAUUGGGUGGAACAAUUGCGAUCUUCCUGGUGGUGGGUCUUUCGGUACCUGCGCCCUCAUUCGACAUCAUCUGACAGCGACUCUGCGCAUUCGUAA